AUGGCCUUCAAUGAUGAGAGGGUCAAACCCCACUUCGAUUCUAAAAUUUGGGUUUAUGUUUCUCAAGAUUUUGAUGUGAAAAGGGUGAUCAAAGCAACAAUAGAAUCUGCAAAUGAAAAAGCUUGUGAGGCAGUUGACCUAGACUCACUGCAGAGAAAGCUUCGCGACAUGCUGCAUGGGAAAAGAUACCUGAUUGUAUUAGAUGAUGUGUGGUAUGAAGAUCCAGACAAGUGGGAUGCGUUCAAGUAUUCACUAGCAUGUGGAUCAAAAGGUGCUUCCGUUAUUGUCACUACUCGUGUUGAUAAGGUUGCAUCAAUCAUGGGAACUAUUUCACCUCAUCGCUUGUCAGUUUUAUCCAAAGAAGAUUGUUGGUUGUUGUUCAGGCAACGAGCAUUUGGACUUGGAAAUGAAGAACGCCCAAACGUUGUCGCCGUUGGGAAGGAGAUAGUGAAGAAGUGCGGGGGUGUGCCUUUAGCUGCAAAGGCCCUCGGAGGGCUAAUGCGCUUCAAAAGAGAGGAAAAAGAGUGGCUUCAUGUUAAGGAAAGUAAAUUUUGGAACUUACCCCAGGACAAAAAUUCCAUCUUGCCUGCCUUAAGAUUAAGUUACUUUUAUCUUCCAUUGGAAUCAAGACAUUGUUUUGCUUAUUGUGCCAUUUUCCCAAAGGGUUCUCGAAUUCGAAAGAGAGACCUAAUUCAUCUUUGGAUGGCUAAUGGCUAUAUUUCAUGCAAAGGACGAUGGGAACCGGAAGAUAUUGGUGAUCAGAUUUGUAAUGAAUUAUGUUCGAUAUCUUUUUUCCAAGAGGUGAAGGACGACAUAUGUGGUAUAUGUUUCAAGAUGCAUGAUCUUGUGCACGAUCUUGCCCGAUCAAUUAUGAACGGUGAAUGUCAAAUGAUCAAGUUUAACACUUCAAGUAAUAUAUACAACGAAAAAGCUCAUCAUGUAACAUUGGCUGUCAGACAUGCGGAUAAUUUUAAUAACACAUUUCACAAAGUUGUAUCCCUACGGACAUUACGAGUGCAAUAUCCGUCAAUUUACCCAUUACGAGAUGACUUUUUGUUGUGUGAUUUCAGAAUGUUUGGUUCACUGCGAGCUUUUGAUGCACGGGGCAACGUGAAAGAGUUGCUACCUUCAAUUGGCAACUCAAAACAUCUGAGGUAUUUGAACCUUUCCCAUUUUGGUUUCAAGCAACUUCCUGAUUCAAUUUGUAAUCUCUUGAAUUUGGAAACAUUAAUUCUAGACCACUGUCGGGACCUUAAGAGAUUGCCCCAGAACAUGAGGUACCUGAGAAGUCUCCGACAUCUUUUUAUGUCACACUGUCAGUUAAUUGAGAUGCCCCCAAAAAUUGGGCAGCUAACUAACCUGAAGACGUUAAAUAAAUUUGUUGUGGGUAAGAGCACUGAUUGUAGUCUCAGCUACCUAACCUGA